CUUCUUUCUCCUCCCCAGUUUCCCUAGUCACCAAAUUGUUAGCCAUUGCCGCACCACGGCUGUCGCUCUGCGAUUCGUUCGAUUCCGCCUCUCUCGCCGUGUAUUGCGACAGACAAUGCCCUAUAGCGAAUCCGAGGGCAAACCCUAGCUCUUGUAGAAAUGAGGCCCCACGUUGCGCCGUUUGAACCCUAAUGGCCGAUAUGGGUAAUACCGAGUUCGUUACUAACGUGUACGUAGUUGACCGUGCGCGGUUCUCAGUCCGUUCGUGGUUGCCGCCCCUUUCGCUCGUCGCAGCUCUCCUCGUCCUGGUCUCCGUUUUAGGGUUACCUGACCGACUUACGGUCUUACGGACGAAUUUUAUUGCUAAUGAAGACGUCAAUAACGAGGACCGACCUCGAGUGCCCUCACCUUUACCCCGCCGCCCGUCUAGCAAGUUGCUGAAGAUAGGCGAUGCGCCGUCCCUAACCGUUACCGCGCCGUAUUCGGAGCUCGUUGCUUCUGCGAACGCGAACGAUUUCCGUAACGAUUUCCUUGGAGGGUUACCCGAGGAUGGUUACCGCCGUCUCGGCGGCACGGCCGCUGCCACGAAUACAAACGCGGACAGACCGCCGCGUAUUGGUGGGACGGCUGGGGGUGCGGGCGCGGGUGCGGGUGUGGGUGCGUCUCAGGCAUUGGAGACACGACGGUGGUUGCGAGGAGAGCGAGCUACAGCCGCAGGUGAAGUCACCGAUGCUGCUACAACCGAAGCUGCUACAAUCGGGAGAAGUCUGGAAGAAUCCGAGAGCGAGGCAGAUACGGAUGGUGAUGAUGAUGAUGACGGGGUGGAUGAUAACGAGAAAGCACGCGACGCUUAUAAGGAGGAAGCUGAUAGGGAGGAUGAGAAGGGGGAUGGGAAGGAGGAGGAGGAGACGGGGGAUGAGGAGGAUGACAGCAAAGGGGAUGGUGAUAAUGGAGUAAGCGAGGAUGACAAUAUCGGGGAUAAUGAUGGGGAGAAUAAUGAUGGGGAGGACAGUGAGGGGGAGGAUGGGGACAGCCACGGGGAUGAGAAAGAUAUGUUAGGCGAUGAAGAGGAUGCUUAUAAGGGGGACAUUGAGCAGGAUGAUGGAGAGGAUAACAGCGGGGAAAGCCACAGGGAGGUGUUCGGUGAUAAGGAGGAUAGCUAUAAGGGGGACAACAAGGACAAUGGGGACAAUGAGGAGGACGAUGGUGAGGAUAAUAAAGGGGAAGACAAUACAGGGGAUAAUGGAGAGGAUAGUGAUGGAGAGGAGACCGAGGAGGAGAGGAGAGACAAGGAGAAGAAAGGGGCGGAAGGGCAAUUGAGGACGAAGGCGAGUAAGGACGAACGGAAAGCAAGGAGUAGGGAGGAGAAGGCAAGGAGGGCAGAAGAGAAGGCGAAGAGGAGGGAGGAGAAGAAGAGGAGGGCAGAAGAGAAGGCAAGGAGGAAGGAGGAAAGAAAGAGAAGGAAAGCUGAGAGGGAGGCAAAGAAGCAGGGAGGAGAAAGGACAGAUGAGGAGCAGAGGGAGGAGGAAAGGGAGCACGAGGGCAAGCAGAAACUGGCAACGGAGAAGAGUGAAGUUGAUGACGUGGAGAAGCAAGAGGAGACACAGGAAGGGGCACACGAUGAGACACACGAUGAGACACACGAUGAGACACACGAUGAGACACACGAUGAGACAUACGAUGAGACACACGAUGAGACACACGAUGAGACACACGAUGAGACACACGAGAAGCAAGAGGAGGUGAAAGGGGUGACAGAAGAGGAGGUGAAAGGGGUGACAGAAGAGCAGGUGAAAGGGGUGGCAGAAGAGGAGGACCACACGGAGGUAGAGGGGGAGGUAAGGGGGGAGGUAGAUGGGGAGGCAAAAGAGAGGGUAGGAGAGGAGAAAGGGGAGGUGCAAGAGGAGGACGAGGAGGGAGAGCAGGGAGAGCAGGGUGAGGGUUUGAGUAACAAGGGACCUGAGGUUGGUACUGCAAGUGGUGAUGUGGGCCCUGCAGAGAGAGCGAAUAAUGACGGAGAUGAGGGUAGUACGGCUGAUAGUAGGGGAGAUGAGGUUAAUAACAGUGAGUGUGACAAUAGUGAAGGGGAGGGCGGAGGAGAAGAGCAUGAUGACAAGUCUGCUACAGUUGCUGCAGGCAGUGAGAGCAGUUAUGGCGGAGGAGGUGUGGGGGGGGAUUCGAGACCUGGUGGGGCUGAUGUCGGCAGUGACAGCAAAACAAAUAGUGGAAGAGGUGUUGAGGGGGAGUUGAGGGCUGAUGGCGCUGAUGUCGGCAGUGAGAGCAGUGGGUCUCCCUCUCAAGAGGGUGGUGGGAGUGAGGAUGAUGAGGAGACGGGGGAUGACGAGGGAGGGGCAGGAAAUGAGAGAGGGAGUGGGGGUGAUAAGAGUAGGAGCAAUAUGCAAAACGCGGAGGAUGGUGAAGGAGAAGGGGAAGACGGAGAGAAGAGCGAGGGGGGUCAAGGAAAAGGGAAUGCGGAGGGAGGUGAAGGGGAGGACAGCUGGCUGGCGGGAUGGGGAGCCAAUCAGGAUGAAGGUUGGUUGGAGGAGUCUGGAGAGACAGAUGUGACGGAUAUCCGUGUCGCCCCUAAAAUCGGAAGCAGUCUCAAAUUAACUGAUGCUAACCCACUGACAGAUGGCCUGCGGCUGGUAAAGGAUAUGAAGCAAGCACCAUAAGUUAGUUGCGUUAUUGUGGCCCAUAAAAGCACGCGCUAAAGUUUAGA